CAUUGAAUCGCUAGCGACCAAAUUGCCUUAUUCCCAUGUCCGUCCCUCUCAUCUCUCUCUCUUCUUCUAUAUAAUCUCUAGCUUCCCUCACCUUCCUCGUCUCACACUCGCUUUAACGCAGCUGUCAUUUCUUAUUCUUCUUUCAUCUUUCUGCUAACAAUGGAGUGACGAUCUUCUGUUCUCCUACUCAGAUCUGCUAAAGAAAGGUCUAAACUACUUGUGAAGAACUACUGCAGUCCAACACAAUGGCAAUCGGGAAAUACACUAGAAUAGAUAAUAGAAGAUCAGGUUCGAGUUACUGUUCCACAGUGACUAUUGUUGUGUUUGUUGCCCUAUGCUUAGUUGGGGUCUGGAUGAUGACAUCAUCCUCCGUAGUUCCUGUCCAAAACAUGGAUGUGUCUCAGGAGAACAAGAAUGAAAUCAAAGAACAGGACAUGAAAGAACAGAGUGGGUUGAAAGAACACGUGAGUGAAAGUAAUGAAGGGAAUACACGGCAAUUUGAAGAUAAUCCAGGUGAUUUGCCUGAGGAUGCAACCAAGGGGGAUGGUAACGUCAACCCUGAUAACAAUGAUAAGUUGUCAGAAAACCAAGAGAAGAAAGAGGAGAAGUCUUCUGAAGAUACCAGGAAAGAAGAUGGAGAUCAAAGAACAGGAGACACAGAUUCCAAGAUAGAAAAUUCAGAAUCAAACCCUGAAGCCUCAGAGAAAAAUGAAGACAGUAAUGAAACUUCCAAUAAAGGAGAGGUUGAAGAAACUUCACCUGAGAAGAAACCUGAUUCUGAUGAGAAUGAGAAAAAAUCUGAGUCAGAUGAUGACAAAAACUCUGAUUCAGGUGAAAGUGAGAAGAAAUCAGAUGAUGCAAGUGAAACAAAAGAUAGUAAGAUAGAGGAGAAGGUGGAAGGGAAUGAUAGCGAAGGAUCUGACGAAAACUCUGGUGAGAAGAAUACAGAUGAGAAUGCAAAAAACCAAAGUUCGAAUGAGGUAUACCCUUCUGGAGCUCAGUCAGAGCUUCUAAAUGAAACUACCACUCAAACUGGGUCCUUCUCAACUCAGGCAUCAGAGUCAAAGAAUGAAAAGGAGGCUCAAGAAUCCUCUAGACAGCCAGCCGGGUACAAUUGGAAAGUUUGUGAAGUUACUGCUGGCCCUGAUUACAUUCCAUGUCUGGACAAUUUGAAAGCAAUUAAGAGUCUUCGAAGCACUAAGCACUAUGAACAUCGAGAGAGGCACUGUCCUGAAGAGCCUCCCACCUGCCUGGUUCCUCUUCCUGAAGGAUAUAAACGCUCUAUUGAGUGGCCUAAAAGCAGAGAGAAGAUAUGGUAUUCCAAUGUUCCUCACGCUAAGCUUGCUGAAGUCAAGGGUCACCAAAAUUGGGUGAAAGUAACUGGCGAGUACCUCACUUUUCCGGGUGGUGGAACCCAAUUUAAGCAUGGGGCACUUCAUUACAUUGACUUUAUACAAGAGUCUGUACCUGAUAUCGCUUGGGGAAAACGCUCACGCUUGGUGCUGGAUGUUGGAUGUGGUGUUGCCAGCUUUGGAGGAUUUCUCUUUGAUAGGGACGUACUUACUAUGUCUCUUGCUCCUAAAGACGAACAUGAAGCUCAAGUACAAUUUGCACUUGAAAGGGGAAUUCCUGCUAUAUCUGCUGUGAUGGGCACACAGAGGCUUCCCUACCCUGGGAGAGUAUUUGAUAUUGUCCAUUGUGCUAGAUGCAGAGUUCCUUGGCAUAUAGAAGGUGGUAAACUUCUGUUGGAGCUAAAUCGAUUAUUGCGACCUGGUGGUUUCUUUGUAUGGUCUGCUACUCCUAUUUAUCAGAAGCUUGCUGAAGAUGUUGGAAUUUGGAAUGCCAUGAAAGCACUAACGAAAGCUAUGUGCUGGGAAGUUGUGUCCAUCACCAAGGAUAAAGUUAAUGGUGUGGGUAUUGCUAUCUACAGGAAGCCAAUGUCUAAUGAGUGCUACGAGAAACGUUCAAAGAAUGAGCCUCCUAUGUGUCCUGACUCAGAUGAUCCUAAUGCAGCAUGGAAUAUUCCAUUGCAAGCUUGCAUGCACAAAGUGCCAGUGGAUUCAGCUGAACGUGGGUCACAAUGGCCAGAGCAGUGGCCAGCAAGACUGACCAAAGCACCCUACUGGUUGUUGAGUUCCCAAGUUGGAGUAUAUGGAAAGCCUGCCCCUGAUGAUUUUAUUGCUGACUAUGAACACUGGAGUCGUGUGGUGUCCAAGUCCUAUCUAAAUGGGAUGGGAAUUGACUGGUCAAAAGUGAGAAAUGUCAUGGAUAUGAGAGCUGUCUACGGAGGAUUUGCUGCUGCUCUGAGGAAUAUGAAAAUAUGGGUCAUGAACGUGGUUUCGAUAGAGACUGCAGAUACCCUUCCCAUCAUAUAUGAACGUGGCCUUUUUGGCAUAUAUCAUGAUUGGUGUGAAUCCUUUAGUACCUACCCUAGGACCUAUGAUCUCCUCCAUGCAGAUCAUCUCUUUUCAAAGCUCAAGAAAAGGUGCAAUAUAGUGGCUGUUGUUGCUGAGGUUGAUCGGAUUCUCAGGCCUGAGGGGAAGCUUAUUGUCCGUGACAAUGUUGAAAUUAUUACUGAGCUUGAAAGCAUGUUGAGGGCAAUGCAUUGGGAGGUUCGCAUGACUUACUCUAAGGACAAGGAGGGAUUGCUCUGUGUCCAGAAAUCCAUGUGGCGGCCAUCAGAAUCGGAAAAACUUGAGUACGCUCUUGCCUAAUCAUGGAUGUGCUGCAGAUGAGAAAUAGGUGAUUUUUGGGUUUGGUUGCUCUAAAUGCUCGUGUAACUUCUGAAUUUUUUUUUUCCAAGAAGAGAAAAAAGGGGGAAAAAACAAGAAAAAAGAAAUCUCGUGUAACUGGUACUUCCACAUAAGUCAUGUAUGAUGUUAGUUAGGCACCUUAGUGUUCCGUCGUCCUUUGGUUUUUCAAUAUUGAUAUUUAUUUGGAGGGUGAUGUCUUCUGCUGUAACGUUGAAUGGCGGGGAGGUAAACCUGAUAGCAUUCUUGCAAAAGUGUAAAGGCAAUUGGUUUAGAAGCCUAAUAGUUUUGUUGUUCUUGAAAUCAUACUCGUAUUUUCUGUGGCUCUUAA